GAUUGAUACGCACUUGAUACCGUUAGUAUAUGAUUGGUUGUCAAGACUGGGUCAGGCUGGUUCUUCGGGGGCAACAAGUUGUUACCCAUGUGUUGGGUACCACUUACCAGUAACCAGUACCACGGUACCACAGCACCACACCGCACGGAGUACCUGUCAUGCAUUUCUAAACCGAACGCGCGCCCAACGAAACGCAAAUUCCAACAGAAAAACCACACACAAAUAACCAAGUAAAUAACGAGAAAUAUCAUAACAAAAAAGUGAACUAAAAAUGAAAUGUGUCAGUGCCUUAUUCUUCCUGCUCGUGAUAUGCGGUACUUGGCGUCUUGGCCGAGCCACCUGUGUUCUGGAGUCAGAUUUCGGAUUUAUACUCAACUGUGCUUUUAAGAAAUCCGGCCUCUUCCGAAUUAGAAAUCUUGGGGGUGUUAAAGCACAUGCUAGCCUUGGCUUCAGCCUAGGCGACGAGCUGGGCUUCAAGGAGUCCAUCUCUAACACCGAGAUCAACAGGAGGAGAUCAUCCCAGGGUUCCAAAUUCGUGGCUCAGGCCGCUCUAGCGCAGCAAGCUAACGCUAACAGCAUCUCAGUUCGUUCGGCUAACAUAGCCUCGCAGUAUGAUGCUAAGGCCGCGGUACCUCCUUUCAAGCCUAUACCGCCAGCACCGGAACAUCCAAUGGUGGUUAAAGCUAAUGCAACUAGGUACCAUAAGAAGCCUAGUAACGCUAUACCUCAACCAGCUAUAGUCGGUAUGGCCAUCCCCGAAUUCAACGUGAUGCCAGUUACCAAACCACCGAUGAUCAUGAAGAAGUCCAGCAUUCAGAACAUCGGACAAAACGAGUUGGCCUUGAACACCAACAGCCUGCAGGCUAUACUCGCCAACGCUAACAUAUCAGAAAGUGCUUUAGAGUCAGUGCUAAGGCAAAAGGUGAUGGCGGCUGCCACCACGACGACGACGACCACAACGCAAAGACCUACAAAGCAUUCCCACACCAUCAACAUCGGGAAGGUCAUGAAUGCUCCACGUGAAUACUACCCGGUGGGUUACGACAAAAACUUCGACGACAACUUUGCCUCCAGGGUGGAACUACCAGAAACCUCGUUUUAUUGUGGCGAUCAGAAGCACUUCCCAGGACUCUACGCCGACGAGGAUCUUGGAUGCAUGGUGUUCCACGUUUGCGCCCUCACCGACGACGGUCUAAUCAUGAAGAGCUUCUUGUGUCCGGAAUCCACGCUCUUCGAUCAAACCAUCCUCAAGUGCAACUGGUGGUUCUACGUUGAUUGCAAGAACUCCAAGAAGCUCUACGACUCCAAUAUCCCGAUCUCGAAGAGCUACCAGCUGAUGAAGGCGCUGACGUUCUUCUCGACGUACAAAAAGGACUCGGCGCCGUCGCCCAAGCAGACGGGCAAAGACUGAUUUCGCAGAUUUAAGUCAGGAUAACGUUUUUUUUCUUGUUUUGUUUUCAUUUU